AUGUCCCAUCUACGACGCCAGCUGCUACCGAAAACAAAAGAUAUGCCUAGCGGUACAGGAUUUGGUCUCAUGCGUCUGUUUACGAGGAAAUCGCCGCGUAGUCAUUCUAGCAAAAAGAAGUUGCCUGCAGGCGAACAAGAAUCCGAGUCGACUACCAGCACCAUGUCUUCAACUGAAACGACUUCGAUUCAUCGUUACGAUAGCGGACGACGAUACAAUGCACGACAAGAUAUUCCUUAUCUUCUUCCAAACGAUGAAGAAGAAAACGAUCGCGCACACCAACAGCAUUGGAUGAUCAAUGUUGCUUUUGGCAGCAACUUUGAUGCACCCGUUCAAGAUGCAUUAGAGAAGGGCAUCGAAGUAUUGGACUCGGGUUGUGGACCAGCUACAUGGACUUUGGAAAUGGCAGAAAAGUACCCCAAUUCGACGUUCAAUGGCACGGACAUAUCACCACGAUUUCCACAGACGAUCAAGCCGCCCAAUUGUCAUUUCUUCAUUCACAACAUUGUCGAUCCAGCACCGUUUCCUGAUAGCACCUUCAUGUUCAUCCACCAACGACUCUUAUCAUUGGGUAUCCUUGAGAAUGAAUGGGACAAGGCACUCGCCGAUCUCAUGCGGACGCUGAAACCAGGUGGUUGGAUCGAGCUUUUGGAGAUAUCGUAUACUCAAUAUGAGAAUGCUGGUCCCAAGGUCACUUUGCUUAUGCAAUCAGUGGUUACGUAUGGCAAAUCCAAAGGUCUGAACCCCGGUGCUGCACACGUGCUCGAUGACAUGUUGACACAAGCUGGGGCUGUCAACAUUUCCUCACGACGAGUUGCCAUUCCUUUGAAUCAUGGUGGAAAGCUUGGUGAUCUCUUUUGGGACGACUUUAAAGAUAUCUUUAUGGCAUUGUUCCCGAUUGUUAGUAGACUCCAUAGUGAUCUCGCUGAUAUUGAAGACUAUAAGCGUUUCUUGGAUGCUUGUAAGACUGAAUGCAGUGAACACGAAACGGCGCUCUAUUGGAUUCGCAGCUGUGGUCAAAAGCCUAGCAACGACGACGAGUAA